GUAACAGGUAGAGGGAGUGAGAAGGCGAUGAUGGAAAUCUGGUGUUGGUGUUUCUGUGUUGGCUAACUUGCGUUGAGGGAAGCGUCCGCCAUUUGUAAAAAUUGCGCGUGCUUUUGUGCGUUGUACGUGUUUAUAUCCGAGUAUUCUGCAUUGGUAAAAAAGCGUUUAAUUUGAAAAACCAAACAUGAGUUCCGAUCUGGACCCUGCGAAGUUGAAAGUGGUCGAGUUGAGGGCCGAACUGCAGACCAGGGGCUUGGAUGUGAAAGGCAACAAGCCGGUUUUGGUUAAGCGUUUGAAAGAAGCUUUGGAGGCAGAGCUGCAAAAAGUAAUACCAGAUACAUCAAUUGCUGAUACUUCAACGGAAGACUUGAACAGUUCACAAGAGGCGGAUCAUGAUAAUAAAGAAGAGGAGGAGGAUAAUGUAGAUCAAGAUUCCCCUGACCCUGUACAACUAGAAGAACAAAGUGUACCUAAAGAAGAGAAACCUGUUAAAAGCACAGAAUGUCUACCUGAUAAAACAGAAGAAGACAAAAACAUGAAUGAAACUAAAGUGGAAGUUCCCUCUGAGACAGAGAAGCCAGUAGCUACCCCCGAAACAGAGAAGCCUGUUGCUAUCCCUGAAACAGAAAAACCUGUCUCUGUGAAAGACGAAAUAAUGGACGAGGCAGAAGAACCUGCUAAAAGUGAAGACAAAAAGGUUCUUGUUGAACCAAAACUUGAACCAGUCGCUGAAGUUAAGGUAGAAGAAAAGCCUACUGAAGCAGAUGAGGUUCAAAGCAAGGAAUCUGUUGAGCAACAGAAUGGAGAUUGCGCUGCUGAGGAUAAGGAUGAGGACAGCGACGAACCGAAAAAUCGAAAAUCUCGUUGGGGAUCUAACAGUGAAGAGGAGAAGAAAGAUGUUGUUGAGGAAGCCCCAAAGGAGGAGAGUGAAGCUCCACAGGCUGAACAGCAGAAAAUGGAAGUGGAUAAUCAAGUUCGUGCCGAGAAACGCAAACGCACACCUUCUCCAGAUCAGCCACAGCAGAGGAGGCGCAGCAAAUCCCCUAACAAAGAUGAAGAACCUGCCAUUGAUUCCAGCAAUGUUCAACUAAGCUGGUAUGAUUCCGACCUUCACCUACAAAUUGAUAAAGAGACAUUCUUAUCUGCAAAGCCAUUGCACGACGGACUGUUUGGUUAUAUUUGGUCUGGUGCAAGAUUAUCGCAUGGAAUUAAAAGCGGAAAGACAUUUUACGAAGUUAAACUUACUGAAGAGCUACCUUUUGAUGAUGUACUGCGAACCCCGAAUAAGGAGAAGAAAGAUCGCAAGUCGAAUGAUAAACGCGAUAAAGUUGCAAAGAAUAAAAAUGACGAUACCAAAAAGGACCAAGAAUCGUCCACCAAUACCGACACGAACAAAGAAACUGACGUAGCUAAGGAAUGCGCUGCAGAUGUACCAGAAAAAGAUGGUGAUGUUGAAAUGAAAGAUGCGGCAGAGACUACAGAGCCAGAGUGCGUAAAAGAUGACGAUAAAACUACCAACCAAGAUACUGAAAAAGUUGUAAAAGAAGAAAAGGUUGAAGAUAUGGCCGUUGAUGAAGGUGCGAAGACCGCUGACAAUGCUGAGAAGAGUGCUGAAAAUGUUGAAGAAAAGAAGGUUGAUGUUAAUGAAGAAAAGAAGGUUGAUGUUAAAGAAGAAAAAAUGGAAACUGAUGACAUUAAAGAAGAGGUGAAAGAGACUCCCGAAGACGGUAAAGAAGAGUCAAAAGAGGCUACAAAGGAUGAAGAAUCGGCUAAAGAUGCUACUAAUGACGAUAAGGGUAUCAAAGAAGUUGAAUUAAACAUUCCUUCGCAUCUGUUUCGUGUCGGUUGGUCAACGGUUUCAUCAAAUAUGCAAUUGGGAGAAGACAAAAUUUCUUACGGUUUAGAAUCAAGCGGCAAGUUCUUUGUAAAUUCGGAGUUCAGCGAAAAGGAAUGCAAAUUCGCGGUUGGUGACGUAAUUGGUGCCUAUUUAGAUAUGGGAGAUGAUAUUAUUAAGAUGACAUACACCAAGAAUGGUGAAAUUAUGUUUGCUGAGGAAAUCAAACGUUCUGAAAUCGAAGAGGAAGAUCUAACACUGUAUCCUCAUAUUCUCACAAGGAAUUACUCGUUUGCAAUGAACGUUGGUAACCUCGAGGAACCAUGGUGCCCAUGUGCAGAAGAGUUAAAAGAGUAUAUUUAUUUAAAUAAAUUUGACGAAAAAGUAUUAGGUCCGCAGAGACCCGAGAAAAGAUCCGAAUGCCAGGUUAUUAUGAUGGUUGGUUUACCUGCAUCUGGAAAAACCCAUUGGAUUAAGGAACAUGUGAAGGAAUCCGAUAAGAAAUUUACCAUAUUAGGAAAUAAUCUUUUAAGUAGAAUGGCUGUUGAUGGAAAACCAAUUGAAACUCAAUUAAACAAGUCCAGGUGGAAUUUAAUCCUCGAUAAAAUUAGCAAGUGCCUACACAAGAUAUGCGAAAUCGCUGCUCUUCGCCGACGUAAUUUCAUUAUUGAUCAGACAAACGUGUUUCCAUCGGCGCAACGCCGUAAAAUGCGCUCGUUUUGGGACUUCAAGCGGCGCGCGGUCAUUGUAGUAAAUGAGGAUGAGGAGCAAGCGAAGAGAUUGAACCAAAAGGAGUCGGUGACCGGUAAAGAAAUGCCAGAGAGCGCCAUACUCGAGAUGAAAGCAAGCAUGAAUGUUCCGAGGACCGGCGAGUGGUUGGACGAAAUCACUUUUGCAUCUUUGCCAGAAGAUAAAGCCAAAGCGCAAGUACAAAAAUACAACAAGGAAGGAAGGGACGCCGGAUUUGGUAAAAUCCAACACCGAAAGGAUUACAGAGACGACCGUAGUUAUAAUCGCUGGGGAGGCGGUGGACACGGCGGACCUCCAAGAAGGGAUUACCGUAGCGGAGGAAACUUCAGAGAUAAUCGUUCAUAUCAUAACAAUAGAUUUGGAGAUCGGGGUUAUAGGCAGAGCAACGUAGGAGGUGGUUGGCGCUCUGGAGGAGGCGGCGGUAGCGGUGGACCGGCUGCUGGAGGAUGGGCCAGAAAUGAUCGCAGAGAAAAUAGGGGUCCCAGAGAUUGGAGGAGCAAUAACAGAGGUAUUGUUGAGCGUCCGCAUAGGCCGCAGAACGUCAGAGAUCCUAGGAGUCAUGGCGGUAGCGGCAGCGGUGGUGGCGGCGGCGGCGGCAAUUACAACAGGAGCCGAAGUUCCGGUGGUAGCGGCGGUAGUCGUAAUCCAGGCAAUAACUGGGGCAACCAACAACAGCAAGUGAGCAGCUGGGGUCAUCAGAACAGUCAGAGCGGCGGCGGUGGUGGCGGCAUUUGGAGCAGCAGCCAGGGAGGCGGUCAAAUCCAAGGCAGCUGGGGCGGUCAGCAGCAGCAGCAGCAACAGCAGGGAUGGAACCAGGCUCCAGGUAGUUGGAACCAAAAUCAAUGGAAAUAUGGUGGGUAUGGACAAGGGGGUUAUGGACAGUAUGCAAACUGGAAUUACUAUGGGCAAUAUGCUCAGAACUGGAAUUCACAGGGUCAAACGACAGGACAGGCAACGGCGGUAAACACAGGUACAACGCCAACUAAUUCUUCAUCAGAUUCCCAACAGUACACCACCAGCAACACCACCCAAAUGGCAUCCCAGCAGGCUGCGUGGGCGCAGUACGCCCAGCAAUACGCUAAUCAGAGUACAGGGAGUUCAAAUCAAGUUCAAAAAAUGAAUUAAAUAAAUAAUAAUUUGUACUUGAUCGAAAUGGAUCGAUCAGGUGUUAAUUGCUGCAUUACCAUUUCAAAAGACUGUACAAAACAAACAAAUUUUUAUUUAAUUUUAUAUAACAUAAUUGAGAAUAAUCUUGAUCAAUUCAAUAUAAUAUACCCUUAUUAUAUACAUAUAUAUAGUUUAAUUUUUGAGCGAUGGAAGGAAACCGAUCUCCGGCGAGUGAACGACGAGUUGUUUUUGUUUUCUCUCUCUCUCUCUUGAUCUUAUUUCGAAGAUGUCAUUGAAAUAGAAUUUUAUUAAUAUAUAUAUAUACAUAAAUUCAUAUAUAUAUAUAUAUGUAUAUUAUUUUGUUCUUAUUUGGGGGGGAAUUAACUGUUUACUGUUAGAUUGGUUAAAUAACCUAUAUAAGUACCUUUUAAUUUAACUUUUAUAACCAGACAUAUUGUACAUACAUAUUUUUAUGAGUUUAAAAAAAAAUGAAGUAUUAGAUUUUAGGAAAUAUGGAUUCGUAUUUGUGAAUUAAGAUAUAAAGAUAUAUUAAUAA